AAACAGGGUCCUGCUGAAUGCGGCAGCACUUGAUUUACCCGUCAUUAGACAUUUAGCAGUAAAGGAAACAGCUAAGAAAACAGAGAAAACAUAACACAGACAAGAAAAUGAAAUUGUAUCAAACUGCGUGUUUUGCAGGAGCCAUACUUCUUAACAUAGCAGGCUCACUUUGUCAGUUAAAUGUGUGCGGUCAGGCUCCUCUCAAUACAAAGAUUGUCGGAGGACAAGCUGCAGUUCAGGGGUCUUGGCCCUGGCAAGCAAGCCUUCAUAGAAUUACGACAGGAAGUCACUUCUGUGGUGGGAGUCUAAUCAAUAAAGACUGGGUUCUGUCUGCUGCUCACUGCUUCCAGAGUACCGCCUCAUCUAAUGUAAAAAUCUACCUGGGCCGUCAACUCCAAUCAGGCUCGAACCCGAAUGAGAUCUCCAGGACAGUGAUUCAGCUCAUCAUCCAUCCCAGCUAUAGCACAGCUUCUCAAAACAAUGACAUAGCGCUGCUGCAGCUCUCUUCUUCUGUGACGUUCACUGACUACAUUAAGCCGGUUUGUCUGGCGGCUGCCGGGAGUGUAUUAGGUGGAGGUACUAAGAGUUGGAUCACCGGAUGGGGCAAACUCAAUUCUGCAGACACCCAGAUUCCAAACAUACUGCAGGAAGUGCAGAUACCAAUCGUAAGCAACAGUGUUUGUAAUAACGAUUAUGGAGGAAUCAUUACAAGCAACAUGGUAUGCGCUGGACUCAGUGAAGGGGGAAAAGAUUCAUGUCAGGGAGACUCUGGAGGUCCAAUGGUAAAUAAGAACAAUUCUCAGUGGAUUCAGUCUGGCAUUGUGAGUUUUGGUCGAGACUGUGGACUACCCAAUUACCCUGGUGUUUACACCAGAGUGUCUCAAUACCAGUCUUGGAUCAGCUCCCAAAUAAGCAGCAAUCUACCAGGAUUCGUCUCUUUCACCUCCAAUGAUUCCAGCUCAGGCUCACCCAGUCUCCUCUUAUUUUCACUUUCUCUCACAUCCACCAUCAUUCCUCUGAUUUUCUCCUUAUUUGUAUUUUCUUAAUGACCAGGUCAUUAAAAGCCCUACACAGGCUAUUGUUCACACAUUUAAAUAAGAUGAAAAAAUACAAAUGCACUACAGUCACUUUGUAUUUUAAUUUAUUAAAACAGGUACAAUAAAAGAGUACAGUACUUGUACUAUCUAAUA